AUGGAUUCUUCUUCUCCUUCUCCAAAAAGAAAAAUAGAUGAGAUUUAUUCAUCAAAAGAAAACACAUGUAAAAAUAUAAAAACCUAUGCAUAUGAUCAUUUAGUUCAACAUGUUAAGGAUUUUGGUAAGAUGAGAUCUUCCCUUAAAUUUCGAGAUAAAUCCAAUCAUAGAGCUCUAGCUCGCUAUUUGGAGAAAAAAUCUAGUAAGGAAUUUUCCAUGGAUGUUGGUUCAUCAUCUACUGUGGUGGGUGAGAAGAAAUUUGUAUACCUAUGGAAAUUUGUUGUUGUUAGUAAGUUCAUAGAUAUUAGUAAUGAGGCGAUUAAAGAGCAGUUGACCGGGUUUAAGCUUGUGAAGGUACGUACUACAUGGGGUCCUGAGAAUACCUCUACUGGUCAGGCGAUUGUAGAGUUUACGAAAUAUUGGUUGGGAUUUACUCAUGCAAUAUCUUUGGAGAGUGAGUAUAAUAGCAACCAAUUUGGGGAAAAACAUUAUCCUUUGGAUAACCUUGGUGGUUUGGUAAAGGAUUGUCUGUAUGCAUGGGUCGUCAAGGAGGACGAUUACUAUUCUGAAUGUCUUGUAGGGGAAAACUUGAGGAACAUUGGUAGUGCUUUAAAAACUAUUGAGGAUAUUAAUGACUAUAAUGAAAGGAAACACAAUCAGAAAGUGUCACAUUUAAAUGAUUUGAUUAAGAAGAAAAAUGAUACCUUGGUAAAUGGUCAGGUCAUGGUCUGGAAGACCAUGCGCACUCUCAAGAACUUGGUGGCUCAACUUGAUGAGUUAAAUAUAGCGAAGGAUAUCACCGUCAAAGGUACAUUUUAG